UGACCUUCUCCAGGCUGGAGUCGUUCUUCCUCGUCUUCCUCCUCCGUCCAUCUGGUUCUCUUCCCCUCGAUCUCGCUUUCGCCACCAGAUCCGCGCGCUGAUAGAUUGUUGGGUUCCGAGACUGGUUGCCUGAAGGUGUUGUGUUCCGCAAAGCAACAGGUUUAAAGUUAUCAGAAGAUUGCUACAGAUAUGGCGGUGAGAAUCAUGCUACUGAUGCAAUUCUAGCCAAGGCAGGUGGUUUGUAUGGUGGUGCGAUAAGAAAUGUAGAGAAAGAGCUUGAAGAUUUCAGUUCCUUUCUGACUUCACAGGCUAACAUCCCUAUUUGUUUGGAUCUUCUUCGCAUGAAUAGAGAAUUUGGUUGUAGAACCAUCGAGAGCAAUGGCAACUGGUGUGCCACUCGAGGAUGCUCGUGGCCUUACCCAACAUUAUAGUCGCAUGAUACAAGAGGCUGAGAGCCUGGCGGCAGAAAUUUCAAUAAGGCAAUUACGGGUGAGAGAAUCUGCUAGUCCAGAAAGCACCUCAAAGCUUCAAGCCUCUCAGGCCAAAAUGCUUGAAAUAAAAGAAAGUAUGGCAGUGUUGGGAAAAGAAGCUGCUGCUGAGUCACAACAGCAAAGGCAGACUUUUCAACGUAUAGUUGACAUGAUAGAGGCUGAAAAAUCUCUUCAUUUAAGAGUAGCUGCUAUACUUGAUGUUCUUGAAGCUGAGAUUGUCACUGAAAAACAGCAAAAGGUGUCUGCACCACCGCCUCUUCUUUCUCACAAUCGCUCUGAAAAAGCCAUAUACUUUCUCACUGAGGCUAUGCAUCACUUCAAUGCUGCUUCUGAAAAGAAAUUAAGUUUGGUGGUUGGAGACUAUGUUGUCAUACCAAAGGUUGGCUUUCUGAAUGAAUUUGUUUUAGUUCAUUUUGUUUAUUUUUUAAUUUGGAACCCAUGUUCGGAGUCGCCCUAAGGAUGGAGCACUAUGUGUGUGGGGUUGAUCUCUUUGGACGAGCCGGGCAGUUUGAGGAAGCAUUGAAGUUGGUCGAGUCAAUGCCAUUUGAGCAUGACAAGAUGGCUUGGUUGACACUGCUAGGCGCGUGUAGAGUACGCAGUGAUUCGAAAUUGUCUAGUCGUGUGGCUGAGCACUUGCUUGUGUUGGAGUCUAAACAUCACUCGAUGUAUGUGCUCCUAUCGCAUAUGUAUUCAGGGGUGGGGAUGUGGGAUGAUAGGGCUACAAUGCAGAUAACAAUGAGGAGUAGUGGGUUGAGUAAAGUCCCAGAUUGGAGCUGGGUGGAGAUCAGGAACCAGGUGCAAUAGGUCGCAUCCUCAAGUCGAAUAGAUAUACGAGAUGCUAGAAGUUUUAACAGACAUGCUCGCGGCCAUUUCUGCAUAAGAUACUGAAGUUUUUUGUAUUCAAAUCCAUAUGUACAUGCCAUCUUGAACAA